AUGGACGCCUCGGACAUCAUCGAGGACGAGGCAGCCAUUGCGCAGCAGAAACUCUCCAACGAAGAGUACAAGAUUUGGAAGAAGAACUCUCCCUUCCUCUACGAUCUCGUCGUCACACACGCACUCGAAUGGCCUUCUCUCACCUGCCAAUGGUUCCCCGAUAAAGAGUCCCCCGCCGGCCAAUCCUACACCCAACAUCGACUGCUUCUCGGUACCCACACCUCGGGUCAAGACCAGAACUACCUCCAGAUCGCCCAGGUACAACUCCCCAACACCGGUGCCGAUGGGCCUUCCAACUCUGCCGAAUCGCGACUCGACCUGAAACAGUACGAUGAAGACAAGGGAGAGAUUGGCAGUUACUCCGCCACCACGGCACGUUUGACCAUCGUGCAAAAGAUCAACCACGAUGGAGAGAUCAACCGAGCACGCUACUGUCCUCAGAACUGUGACCUCAUCGCCACACGAACGGUCACAGGCAAGACAUACAUCUUUGACCGAACCAAACACUCCAACACACCCAGCGCAGACGGCGUCUGUCGUCCCGAUAUCAUCCUCGAGGGACAGGAAAAGGAAGGCUACGGUCUCUCCUGGUCACCGCUCAAACAGGGACACAUCCUCGCCGCCAGCGAAGACACCACCGUCUGCCACUGGGACAUCAACAACUACACCAAACCCAACAACACCCUCCAACCCACCGCCACCUACACCGGUCACACCUCGAUCGUCGAAGACGUAGCGUGGCACAACCACCACGAGUCGCUCUUCGGUUCGGUCGGCGACGAUCGACAGCUGCUGAUCUGGGACGUUCGCGAGCCCGCCACCGCGCCCAAGUACCGCGUGGAAGCACAUACCGGCGAAGUCAACGCCUUGGCCUUCUCACCCGAGAACGAGAACAUCCUGGUCACCGGUUCGAGCGAUAAGACUGUAGGCGUGUGGGAUCUGCGCAACCUCAAGGUGAAGCUGCACAGUCUCGAGAGUCACACGGACGAGAUCCUGUCCGUGUGUUGGUCCCCGCACCACCCCACGGUGUUGGCUAGUGCGAGUGCGGAUAGGAGGGUCAACAUCUGGGAUCUGAGCAAGAUCGGUCAGGAACAGACGCCAGAGGACGCCGAGGACGGUCCGCCCGAACUGAUCUUCGUUCACGGAGGCCAUACGAGCAGACCGACGGAUCUGGGCUGGAGCCCGCACAUGGAGUGGGCGCUCACCAGUGCCGCCGAAGACAAUAUCGUCAUGGUUUGGAGACCCAGCAAGGCCGUCAUCGAUACAGGCAACGAGGAGGUGAAUCCGGAGGACCUCGAGUGA